GUGCUGAGCAGUUUGACGGAGACUCUCUGCCUCCUCUAGGAAGCUAGUGGUUGUUGAAGGAGUCGAGAGCGAGAAGCCGCCGAGGAAGAAAGGAAUAUAAAAGGAAAAAGAAGAAGAAAAGAAAGAAAAGAAAAAGCCAUGGCUGUGAAUAAAUGCGUCAAAUUCCUUCUCUUCUUCUUCAACCUCCUUUUCUGGCUGAGCGGUUGCAUCAUCCUCGGAGUCUCCAUCUACCUGAAGGUCCACAAGGACGGAAACCUGAUCACCAAUGAAGCGAUUCCUGGCAUCGACCUGAUGAUCGCCAUCGGGGUGAUCAUCAUGGUGCUCGGCUUCCUGGGCUGCUGUGGAGCCAUCAGGGAGAACCGCUUCAUGCUGCUCAUAUUCUUCAUCAGCCUCCUCCUCAUCUUCGUCCUCCUGCUGGCGCUCGGCAUCCUGGGAGCCGUGGAGGAGAAGCGGGUGAAGGAGUGGGUGAAGAAGCGACUCACCAACUUCACACCGCUGUCCUCACAACCACAGGCCGUGAGGGACGACCUGGAGAAGCUGCAGGCGGAGCUCAAGUGCUGCGGCCUCGUAAACGGACCGUCGGACUGGACUAAAAUUCCCGACUCGUGCCGCUGCAACGCCACCGAGACGACCUGCACCUCCUCCGCCCCCUACCCCACGCCCUGCUCCACCCAAAUCAUCGAGUUGAUGGAGAAACACAUGGAGGUGGUGCUGGGAAUCGCCUUCUCCAUCGCCAUCCUGCUGAUUUUCGGGAUGGUCUUCUCCAUGAUUCUCUACUGCCAGAUUGGAAGGAAGGACACCGCCGUCACUGCCUGAACACCCACAAAUGGCCCCGCCCUCUUCCCGUCACUGCCUGACACCGGCCAAUCAGCAGUUCCCGAUUCCCCACGUACUAUGUAACCUCAGUUCUACUGUAAGAUAACCUGUGCUUCUACUGUGGAGGAUGUUUUGGUGACAACAGUUAUAUAAAUAUCGUUCAGCAUCUAAUAUCGUGUACGGUUAUCCAUAGUCAAGAUAGUAAAUGUAUUUAUAAUUAAAUGAAUGAAUUAAAUGAAAUUAGAAAAGUAGAAUUCCAAAAAUAUGUUUAGCUUUACCAAUAAUUUUUUAAAACUCUGAAGUAAAAACUAAGCUAUAUAAUAAGUGAAACAAUAGUUAUUGUUUCCAUUCACACCGUGGCCUCAAAGAACAACAUUUAGGAAAAUAAUUGGAGAACAAUAUUUGUGAUGUUUAUUGAGUAUGGAUGGCCAUUAUUAAAAAAAACAAGACAAAUAAGGUUUUAAUGAUUAGAAAUAUAACAUGUUCAUUCGUAUCUCACAUGAAGUAUUCAUAUUUAGCAAAACGUUGUGAUAUUUUUUGUUGUUGUUGCUAUUUUCUGUUUGUUAACGGCCCUGUGGUUACAUGAAAUAUGCCUGAAAUCCAAUUUAUUGUUAUAAUAAAAAUGAAGGAUGUAUAUUUUAAAAAUUUUUUGGAUGCAGGAAGAAGAUUCCACAGGUUUAACAAAUAUAUAAUGCAGUCUGUCGAAAUGCAUUUUUUGGAAAAUAUCACAUGUAAUUUUGUGCUGCAACUCCAUUAGAAAUACACAAUGUAAUAAUAAAAUAUAUUGCCUGUGUAAAACAAUAAGCCUGGAAUUUAAUAUCUUAGACCACCUUGUUAAAUAAAUAAAUGACUUUU